AUGAAAAAUCGUAAACAUACGAAGAAACAAAAACCACUCUUGACAACCACAAUGGCUACCACUACGGAUCAGGUAGUUACCUCAUCAUUGGCUCCCGGAGAGGCUUAUGUGGAUGACCAAGGUCUAUGGACAAUGGUACCUACAGAGGCCAGCUCAUCCACCACUGUUCCCAACGAUAUCAGUAGUGAAGAACAAGCAAACGCAGACUCUCUUACACCGGAUGAGAAAAGUAGAACAGGAGAGACAUCAGAGCUUGAACAAAAAGCUACCACAACAGAAUCAAAAAGUGAAAACACGAUUGUCGAGACGUCAGAAAUCGAUCACGCUAAAGCUGACGAUACAACGGAAGUAAUGGAGCGGUCCAAAACCGAAUUCAUGAUUAGAGAAGAGGGAGAGAAUUUGAUAUCGAUGAAUUCCAGUGCUGAUCAUGACCAUAAUGCACUCAAAGAACAUGAACAGAUUGCUCUGGCAUCGUCAAUCGCAAAAGAAGAGAAUAGUAAAACUGCCGUACAAAGCAGUCAAAAUGUGGAGUUUUCGUGGUCCGAUGGAAAAGUUCCGAAGCAUCGCCUUGCAGAUCACAUACAAAAGAACCCCACUUCAGUCCGAGGGCAUUCCGUGGUAAGGACAGAUAUUGUUGAAAUGCCGUUUGGCUCGGAUCAUAAGGAAAAUCGCUUGCGAAUCAGUUCAAUACCGCAGCCAACCAUGCGUGAGACCCACACGACCACUUUAGAAAGAAACGCAAAUGAAAGCACCACCUUACAAAUCGAUGAUAAAGAGCUCACUGAAGUGGCCGUGGUUCUGCGCAAGUUAAUGAAAAGUAACGUAACACUCGAACAACUCGCUAAACUUCUCGGUGAAGAUAUUGACAAUUCAACAAGUCAUUCGUCUCAAAUUGGUGAGCAACGAAUCGAAAAUAAUGGUCUCAAGAAUGGUGCCACAAAAAUGUUCCUGAAAAGUCCA